AGCCAUCUGCCGCCCAAGUCAAAGGACCAGGCAUGACAAAGCACAGUAGCAGGAGCUCCCACUACUGCUCAAACAUGAUGACAAACAUGAGCAUGGGUCGGGAACCUUUCUUUAAGCCAGCUAUGCCAGCCGGCGAUGAUCAUCACGGCGGUGAACGGCCAGCUCCCCGGGCCGACCAUCGAGGCCCGCGAGGGCGACACGGUGGUUGUCCACCUCGUGAACGAAUCACCCUACGACAUGACCAUUCACUGGCACGGGAUCUUCCAGCGCGGCACGCCGUGGGCGGACGGGCCGGCGAUGGUGACGCAGUGCCCCGUCAAGCCGGGCGGCAACUACACCUACCGCUUCAACGUGACGGACCAGGAGGGCUCGCUGUGGUGGCACGCCCACAUCUCCUUGCUCCGCGCCACCGUCUACGGAGCACUGGUCAUCCGCCCCCGCGGCGGCGCCGAGGCCUACCCGUUCCCCAAGCCACACGGGGAGGAGACCGUCCUCCUCGGCGAGUGGUGGAACGCCAACGUCGAAGACCUGGAUCGGAUGGCGUUCCUCACCGGCAACACGCCGCCGAACGCCGACGCUUACACCAUCAACGGCAAGCCGGGGGACUUCUACAACUGCUCCAACGCAAACCAGACGUACAGAUUUCAGGUGCAGCGCAACGAGACGUACCUGCUCCGGAUCAUCAACGCUGCGCUCAACACGCCCAUGUUUUUCAAGGUGGCGAACCACAGCUUCACCGUCGUCGGCGCCGACGCCGUCUACACCACGCCGUACGAGACUGACGUCGUGGUGGUCGCCCCGGGACAGACCGUGGACGCGCUCAUGGUCACGGGCGCCCCCGUCGGCCGCUACUACAUGGCGGCGUCCCCGUACGACAGCGCCAUCCCGCAGGGGCCACCGUUCAGCAUGACCACCGGCACGGCCAUCGUCGAGUACGUUGGCUCGGCCGGGGAGGAGACGCCGCAGCUGCCGUCGCGGCCGGAGUACAACGACACCAACACGGCCUUCAGGUUCUUCUCCAACCUGACAGCGCUGGUGCUCCCCGGCAAACCGACGGUGCCGCUAUCCGUGGACACCCGCAUGUUCGUCACCGUUGGGCUCGGCAACUCCGAUUGCCAGCCGGCGCAGCUGUUGUGCAACACGACCGGGACCAGACCGCCCAUCUUCUCGUCGAGCAUGAACAACGCGUCCUUCGUGCUCCCCGAUUCCGUCUCCAUGCUCCAGGCGCACUACGCGAACGCCUCUGCCGGCGUCUACACCAGCGACUUCCCCGACCAGCCGCCGGUUAUCUUCGACUACACCGCCGACGCCAGCGACACGGCGAGGCUGAAAUACACGACCAAGUCUACCAAGGUGAAGACGCUGAGAUACAACGAGACGGUGGAGAUGGUGCUGCAGAACACGCGGCUGAUCGCCAAGGAGAGCCACCCCAUGCACCUCCACGGCUUCAACUUCUUCGUGCUCGCGCAGGGCUUCGGCAACUAUGACCAGGCCACGGCAACGCCGCAGUUCAACCUCGUGAACCCGCAGGAGCGCAACACCGUCGCUGUCCCCACCGGCGGCUGGGCAGUCAUCCGCUUCGUGGCAAACAACCCUGGGAUGUGGUUCAUGCACUGCCACUUCGAUGCUCAUCUUGAUCUGGGGCUGGGAAUGGUGUUUGAGGUUCAGGACGGGCCAACGGUGGAAACAUCGGUGCCGCAACCUCCAUUCGACCUACCACAGUGCUAAUCAUCCUUGUCAAAUGUGAUUUCUUUGAAUUGGGAUAGAUGGACAUGUCAACAGAAGAAUUUUGCAACCUUGGCUUACUAAAAGAUUGUGGUAGUUUGAAGAUUAUUUGUAAUUAUUAUUGGAGUCUACAAGUUUGAUAGCUAGACUGCUUGCAUAGGGAACACACGUUUUCCAAUAUGUAACUCGAGUCAGAGAUUGUUUAAUUUGGCAUUUGGUGAAUAAGGGUUUUAGUCGUUUGGCAAUAACAAUGAAGAAGAGCGCUAUGAGAUUGCUUGUAUUUGGUGAAUAAAUAAAUGAUAUGUCAACGGUUGAAGAGGCAUCAA